AGCUGCUCACCAGAGACACUGCAGCAGACACACCCUGAUCACUGAGGCUUCUGGAAACAGCUGAUACUCCUGACCGCUGAGAACAGGAAGAGACUAAAAUGGGAGGAUCCUCAUCAAAAGAAUUUAAACAACCAUGGAGAAAUGUAGACUGGAAUACAAGACCUACAAAAUCGAAAAUGUAAAUGGUGGAUUUUUACCAUUUGUCAUGAAUGAUGUCAUGGGCCUUGAAAACAAAGAUGGAGUUCAAACAGCUGAUGUCAUCAGUGUCCUAUUGGGCCAUGUGAAAGAAGGAUAUAAGUUUAAUCCUGACACUCCUCUGACAGAAGGUGACCGUAACUAUGUUAGUAACCCCAGCCCAGAUGAUAAAGUUCACUGUCUGGUGACCAUUGUGUCAGCAAACAGCCUCUCUCUAAUGGAUCAGUCUAUCAUCAAUAAGAUGAAAACAGUCAAAGAACAAGCCAAUGACAUUGACAUUCCUCAAUUCAUUCUUUUGACAAAGAUUGAUGAAGUCUGCCCCCUUGUUAAAAAAGAUCUGAAAAAGACCUACACAAGCAAGAAAAUUCAUGAAAAGAUCAACCAGUGCUCUAAUCUGAUUGGAGCUCCUGUGAAGUUUAUCUUCCCAGUCAAGAACUACUGUUAUGAAUCUGACACAAAUGAUCCAACAGACAUCCUCAUUAUGUUAGCACUACGCCACAUUGUCAGUGCUGCUAAUGACUAUGUUGCAUCCCUGUAACUCCUAACAGAACAUUGAGAAAUGCGCAGCAACGUUUCACUGGAGUGUCAGUAGGCAGCUUGCAGACUAUGAAGUACCUAUAUAAUCUGCAAUUCAGUAGUGUAACUGCAUCAGUGCCUUUCAAUCAAGAUCUGUUUUAUUUUACAAAGAUAAUGAUACUGCAUAUUGUACAACAUAUAAAGAAACAUAACCGCAUUAAAUGUACCGUUAUUUUUACCUUUAUGUUACCUGUAUGUAUUCAUGGUAUUUAGAUUACAUUUAAAUAGAAAAAAUGAAAAAUCAUGAAUUGUGUCAAUUUUAACUUUUCACAUAUUAAUCAUCACAUAAAACUCACCUACUAAAACCAUGAGUGAAAAUGAAUCUAUGAUGUAUGCUCUUGCCAUGCAGUGAUACUUAAUAAAAUAAUGAUUGUUUGAUUAAA